AUGAGGGUGGGUACAGAAGACAGCAGCUCUGCUUCUGUGGGAAAUGAACACACAGACGAGUUUGAGAAUCCAGACACCAGUGAUGACGCACACUUCUGGAGGAAAGAGCCUGUGCGCAGGUUCACAGGUGUGUCAUCUGUUGCUCGCUCUGGUUGGCACAUGUGUGCUGUGUUCAGUGUUACUGCUGUAAUGCUGCUCGUCCUGAUCAUCACCGUAUCUGUCAGCCAUGUGAAGUUUCAGAGUAAGUUCUCAGCGACAGAAACAAACAUGAAGAACUUGAGCCAAACGCUACUGACCACCGUUACCAGAACCAAACAUCUAGAGGAGUACGGGCAUAAAGUUCAUUCAGACAUCAGCAGUCUGGAGUUUAACCUUCAAACACUGCAGGGACAAAUAAAUGACAGUGAGCACACACACACACACACACACACACACACAUGAACACAGAUACAAACACGCACACAAACGUACACACAUGAACACACACACACA